GCAUGCGCGCCGUGCCGGGCCCGGCGGGCCCGCGGCCGGUACCGGCCGUUGCUGAGGCGCCCGGCGCCCGCCCCGCUCCGGCCCCGCUCCGCUCCGCUCCGGGCGGCCCCAUGAGGAGAAGGAAGAGGCGGAGGCGGCGGCGGAGCGGCGAUGGGCUCGCUGAGCAGCCGGGUGCUGAGGCGGCGGGGGGUUGUCCCGCGCGGGGCCGGGGCGGCGGGGGCCGGCGGGGGCGGCAAGAGGAAGCGCGGCGGGGCCGAGGGGCCCGCGGACAGCGACAGCGAGGCCGAGCGGGAGGAGCGGCUGCUCAACACCCCCCGCAGGAAAAAAUUGAAAAGCACCUCUAAGUAUAUUUACCAGACUCUGUUUUUGAAUGGGGAGAACAGUGAUAUAAAGAUUUGUGCUCUGGGAGAGGAGUGGAACUUGCAUAAGAUAUAUUUGUGUCAGUCAGGCUACUUUUCCAGUAUGUUCAGUGGAUCUUGGAAAGAAUCUAGCAUGAAUGUCAUAGAGUUGGAGAUUCCUGACCAAAAUAUUGAUAUAGAAGCCCUGCAGGUGGCUUUUGGCUCGCUGUACAGAGACGAUGUCUUAAUAAAACCCAGUCGAGUAGUUGCACUUUUAGCAGCAGCCAGCAUGCUGCAGCUUGAUGGCUUAAUCCAGCAGUGUGGUGAAACAAUGAAGGAAACCAUUAAUGAAAAAACUGUGUGUGGUUAUUAUAAUUCAGCGGGGACGUACGGGUUAGACUCUGUGAAGAAAAAGUGCCUUGAGUGGCUCUUGAACAACCUGAUGACUCACCAGAGUGUUGAACUCUUCAAAGAACUCAGCAUAAACCUCAUGAAACAACUGAUUAGCUCUUCUAACCUGUUUGUGAUGCAGGUGGAAAUGGACGUGUACACUGCUCUCAAAAAGUGGAUGUUCCUUCAGCUAGUGCCUUCCUGGAAUGGGUCUUUGAAACAACUCUUAACUGAAGCUGAUGCCUGGUUUGCCAAGCGUAGGAAAGAUUUGGAGGGGGACGUUGCAUUCCUGGAGUCGGAGCAGGGGAGCGCGUUCCUGGGGGUGUUCACACACCUGAGGCUGCAGUACAUCAUCAGUGACUUGGCAUCAGCCAGAAUUCUUGAGAGAGAUUCCCUCAUACCCUCAGAAUGGCUGUCCUCUGUUUACAAACAGCAGUGGUUUGCCAUGCUCAGAGCAGAACAAGACAAUGAUAUUGGGCCUCAAGAAAUAAAUAAAGAGGAACUGGAAGCAAACAGCAUGAGGUGUGGUCGAAAGCUUGCAAAGGAUGGUGAUUACUGCUGGCGAUGGACUGGGUUCAACUUUGGCUUUGACCUUCUUGUUACUUAUACAAAUCGUUACAUCAUUUUCAAGCGGAACACGCUGAAUCAGCCCUGCUGUGGGUCGGUCAGUCUGCAGCCUCGGAGAAACAUUGCCUUCAGGUUACGCCUGGCCUCUUUUGACAGCAGUGGGAAAAUAAUUUGCAGCAGAACAACAGGGUAUCAGAUCCUAACCCUUGAGAAGGACCAGGAGCAGGUCGUCAUGAACUUGGACAGCAGACUCCUGAUCUUCCCACUCUAUAUCUGCUGUAACUUCUUGUACACCUCGCCAGAGAAGAAGGCUGACAGUGAGACACAGCCAGAUCCUGGGGACACCUGAGACCUCUCCAGCAGCCCCCAGUAGCACUUGCACACCUCUCUAUGCCUGCUUGAAUUUCAAUGCCCUGCUGACACACAGAGCUUUGACAACAACCAAGGCCUUACAUGUAGCAAAUAGAUCCAUGGCCUUAGUAUACUCCUAUGCAUAUCUGAAGAAAAGAUCAGAAAUUAUAUAGGCCAAAACUAGUCCUCUCCUUUUCAUCUAUUUGUAUUUCUGUUCUUCAGACAGGAGCCAUUCCGUGGUUGAGCAGUGUUAUGCUUCUCUUUUUAUGGGUGAAAACUGAGCCAAAUUGGAGAUGGGGGAUUUGUGAGGGUGACAUCUUACGAACUUCCCCAUCAAGAUUCUGAGCACACGUUGUAGGACGUGUGGGGUUUUGUUAGUGUGGUGUUCAUUUUUUGUUUUUUAAUAACUGAUCUGUAAAUACCAGAUCCAUAUUUUCCUUACUUUUGUGGUCCUUUUCCAAUGGGCCAAAUACAUCUGUGUAAAUGUUGCCCGUUGACUUUUGUUAGUUAUUUAUCCAUUCAGGCUGUCAAACGCUGCUUGGUUUUAAGCCUUUAUUGCAUCUCAUAGAUAAACCUUCUUCUUGAGCUUUUUUUAAUGUUGCAGCAAAUAUCUCUUUUUUUUUUUAGCACCUGAACUUGCUACUAAGGAUGCUUGUAAGUGAAGUAUUUUUUUCCACAUACUGAAUAUACUCUGAUGUACUCACACCAUCAUUUGAGCCUGCUCUGCAGCAGCAGCUUUCAGCCAGGAUUCUGGUUAAUACAGUAAAUACUCACAUGAACCAAAUACCAGUUUUUAAACAUUGUUUUGGUUUUGGUUUUUUUGGUGACUUUUUUUAAUAGUUACAUUGGGAAUAUAACCCCUUUUAGCUCAGGAACUUGUGACCUUCCAGUGCCUUUUGAGUUGUCUGUGUUAACACAAACUUCACAUCAGUUAAGCACGGUCACAGGAUCCGAAGGAAGAGCUGGGAACAAGGGACUCCUUUUCAGUUGGUUUGAUGAAUGAGUCAAGUGUAAGAGGUACACUGUAUUCCUUCUUUGUGUGUGUUGGGUUUUAUGUUUGUCUGUUGCAAUUUUGAUGACUUCUUACAUCAGGAUUUUUUGGAUUCCAAGUGGAAAUUUUGCCUCUUUAGUAGCCUAUUUUUUUAAUGUUGUCAGAAAAGUAUCAAACCAUUUGUACUUUAUAACAAGGAUAAAAAUGGUAGGCAGGGUGGAAAAAAAGUGGCAACUUGUCAAUAAAUGAUUUUGAGUGGAA